AAUUGAUUAUUUAUUACUAACGAUAUCAUCCACACGGUCAGUACACAACACGGUCUCAUCAUCUCCAAAGCAGAAGGACGCUGUCAUUUCCAAGAGGGGUCGAUUUGGUCAUGUAUACUCAACCGGGGUCUCAACUGCUAGCCGACUCCCCCCCCCCCCCCCCUUCCCCCAGCACUGUAUGUGUGCGCACAUGCAUGUAGUGAGAAAUAUACACAAAGCAGCACUAACGGAGCAGCGCCUUCAGUGCCUCAGCAGUGCAUCAGUAUCCUUCCCCCACCUCUCCAUAACCAUAUGUAUAUAUAUUUUUCCUUUAAAAAUGAUGAUUUGAUCACAGGUACCCCGAUGGAGCCUUUCCAAACGGGCGAGAGGGAGCGCGAGGCACCCCGAGGUCAAUAAAUCCCGGGCUAACGGCAGGUCGCGGCACGCACCGCCCCGGCACGAUCCUCAUUGUGCCCAGCGCUCGGCAUUGUCUCCGGUGCGGGGAAGCCCGGAGAGUUCGCAAAUUACCGGAUGAAAAGAAAGGAGCUGGAAAACAACCUUGCUGCAGCCAAACGGAGAAGCGCUCCGAUUCAAAAGCAGACUUAGAGGCAUCAUUAAUCUUUUCCCUCCGUUUCCACGUAAUUUCUAGAAUCAAAUUCUUUCCUAGGCGGCCGCAAUGAUCGAUUUUGCUACCUCUCCAGCCUGCAGACGUAUUUAUUUUAAUACGCUUGUGAUAGAAUUUCUCCCCCUUCAAAAAUGCACACCAUCAGCAGGAACCCGCGCGGUUCCGAACGCACCGAGGCAGCCGCCUGCCCUCUUUCUUCUGCCUCACAAUAGGAAAUGUCCCAAAUUGCCCAUGCACUUCCUGCACAAGCCCCUCGCCCAUCCCAGCCCGCCGCCAGCACACAGCGAUCCCAUCGCGAUACGCAUCCCCAUCGCUUCGCGUUGCACCCGAGCAGCUCCCGCCAGGGAAAACAUGCAGCACAUUGAUUCAUCCCUCCGCUCGCACAGAUCCCACCCCCACCCGCUUUGGCACGGGAGGAAUCGCCGCAUCCAACCUUUAACUUCUCCCUCCGCUCCUCCAUCUCUGCUCCCCGCCAUCUACCUUCCCACAACGCCGCAUGCGAACCCACCAGCCUCUCGCGCCUCCUUCUCCUCUUCCUCCUCCUCCGCCGCGGCACAGCGGGGCUCGUCCUCCCCGGCGCUGCUCUGCCCGCACCGCGGACACACCUUACCUGCGCGGGGUGCCGCGGGCCGGGGCAGGCGCGGCCGGAGCUGCCUCUGCCGCUCGCCGACGGAGCGGGCGCUGCUGCGGGUGCGCGGCGGCGGCGGCGGGCGGGGGCGGCCGCCGGGAGCGGGGGGCGGUGCCGCCGCGUGA